AUGUCCGACUACUCAGCAGUUGCUGAGCAAUUCAUCACAUACUACUACAACACAUUCGACAGCAACAGGCAAGGCCUUAGCGGUCUUUACCGACCUACCUCCCUCCUCACCUUCGAGAGCACUCAGACCCAAGGCUCUGCUGAUAUCACCGAGAAACUCGUCAGCCUCCCAUUCCAAAAAGUCGAACACCAGGUCGCCACCAAGGAUGCACAGCCACUCCCCGGCGGCAGUGGCAUCGUCGUCCUUGUCACUGGAGCCCUCAAAGUCGAUGACUCUCCAGCACCGUUGAGCUUUGCCCAGACCUUCAUUUUGCUACCAGAGGGAGGAAGUUAUUUCGUCGCUCACGAUAUCUUCAAAUUGGUUUACCCAGCUUAA